AUGCCACGGGCACUGAUGCGCGGUGACAAUGAACAGCGUGUCUCAAACCGUGCGGUUGGCGGAUGUGGCGCUGCAGGAUCGAAUGUGCCGUUGAGUUAUGGAGAACUACAGAGGGGACUGCGCGAUGUGUUGUCUCACGUUGAGCUUAGGUGUGACGGCGACGCGGAAGAACGCAAACUUUUUCUUCUAAAUGAGUUUACACGUCUGAUGAACGCCGCAUCCGAGGAGACGCGGCAGAUGUUGAUCCCCACCCAGAAUGACUUACCUCUAAGUUUUCGCGUGCUGGAGGUGCUGCAUUCCCGCCGGCGGGUCCUCUGCAGAGGAUUUGAACUCACCCUCAACGAACUGAAGGAGUGGCUCUCGCUGGCAACGCUGAUUGGCGAACAGGAUGUGGCGCAGUUCUUGGGGCAGUACGCACGUGAAUUGGGCCCCGCCUCGCGGCAAAGUGUGGAGGAUGCUAUAUAUAUACACCAGUCGAAUGUGGCCGCUCUGUGUGGUGCGGUGCUUGAGAUCCCCACCUUGACGGGCACCUUCUCUCCAUUCAACUCCCACUACUACACCAUUGUGCUGGACGACUUGAUCUCAAUGGCCGACGAGGCACCGCAGGCGACGUUGCUCCAGUCUGUGCAGCGCGAGGUAACGCUGGAGAUGCGCGAGAUGCACGUGGAGUGGCUGCUUCAGGUCACCUUGGCGUCCAAUCUUCAGCUGGAGACGUUCUUUCUUGCUGUGUCUAUUUUUGACCGGUAUUUGUCGAAGGUGAGUGUGCCGCGCGAGCGUCUUCACCUCGUCGUCUGCGCGUCGCUGUUGUUGGCAUCAAAGCAGGAGGAAAUAUUCCCUGUCCCGCUGCGCACUCUGGUGCGCUACGGCGGCGACCGCUUCUCACUCGAGAUGUUGGUGGCGAUGGAGUGUCAAUUAUUCGCUACGCUUGGCUUUAAUGUGGUGUGCCCCACAUUCAGCGCAGUAGGAUUGGGUCUGCUGUUGCAGCAGGAUCCCCCUGCCAGCGAGCAGCAGCGCUUUUUUCUUCUUUACACCCUCGCGACUCUCGCCAUUCGCACACACUUCCGGCAGUGCAGACUCUCGUCGCUCGCCGCCGCCGCUGUGUACUUGGGCCGUGCAGUGUUCAACAUCCCAUCGGGGAUGCCGAGCGACGAGGUGCGGGCAUUGCUGCCGCUCGUGAUGGCUGCUCUCUGCCGCAAUCCCGCCGUUGGCGCUGGCGGCGUCUACGACAUAUUCGGAAGGAGCGCCUUCUGCGAAGUGAGUAAGCUGAAGCUUCCGGAGAUUCUGUAA